AUGGGCAAGGAGGCUGAUGAGCUCACGGGCUUGGCGACUGUCGAACUGAAUCCGGAGCCUCUCCCUGAAGGAUGGAAGGCUUAUGGAACUUUCUUCAGUCCCACCGUCGACAACGUGCAACUCACAGCCCUGCCUUGGCAACUUCUCUCUGCAGGUGCCUUCAAUCGAGACGCUGCCGUUUUGCUCGGUUUCAACAGCAAUGAGGGCACUGUCCUGGCAAGCUGUGAAGACACUCCAAAAUGCGACAUCUUGCACAAGGGUUCCAACAUGACGGAAGCGGAUUUCGUUUCUCUGUUGACCACGGACAUGUUCAACAUCAGCCACGAUAAAGUCAGGGACGUCCUUGCUGUCUAUGCAGGCAACAGGUCGUCAGAAGACUGGUACUGGAUCGCAACAGCAGUUUACGGAGAUUAUGCUAUUGCUUGCCCAUCGUUGCGGGCAGCACGCCAAAUCUCCAAGGCGAGCAGGAAGGAGACCUUCCUGUACGAGUUUUGCCAGACGCCAGCAGCGCAUGCCCCUGGCUGGGCCGGAAUCUUCGGAGAGGACGGCACGGUGGGCGCCAGUCAUGCAGCCGAACUUGGCUUUGUCUGGCUUGGGGGUGACGGCUGGCAAGCUUCGCGAGGUGCUUCCGAGGGCGGAUGGCCUUUGUCUGGCAAGGACGAGUGGCUACUGGCCAAAACGAUGGCAGCAUACUGGACGAACUUUGCGAAGACCUCCAAUCCAAAUCUCCCAACCGACGUUCGCACCUCUUUGACAAUCCCCUGGACACCCACCACAGACCAAGAGAGCAAGGCGCUGCAGCUGAAGCUGCCUCAUCUAUCAAUCGAAGAUGGCUUGUUGGAGCGCCGCUGCGAGCUCAUGGACGCACUGGGACCAAUGGUGGAAGGCUACACGAUGUCUGGAGACGACGGCAGACGACUAGGGAUGCACUUCCCAGCUCCGCCGAUGCUGUGCAAAGCUGCGAUUCACGUGGAGCAGAUCUACCAGAUUGGCAUUCGUCGUCACGCGCUUGACCAGUCUAUCUCGGAGCAGCCCAGUCAAGCAGUGACGACUGCAAUGCGCCUGGAGGAGCUUCCGACAAAUCGUCUUGCACUGUCGAAGACCUUCGAGUCCAUCAUGGCGGAAGCGGAGACGCGGUUGAAGAAGUACUUCAAGAAUCAGCAGCGCAUGGCUCAGCCAAUGGCAAACGUGCGUGUCGAGUACAGCAAGGUGGCAGCCGAUGAAGUUGUCGCGUGGCUGCGCGCGCCGCACGCUAUCGAAGUGGAGAAGCGACUUCGUGAACAAGCAGAGCCCUGGGAGGACAUCCGCAAGGCCAAACCUCCAUGCAACUGUCGAGACGUCUUCUGCCGCAAGGACUUGCCUGUUGAUGGGGAGAAUCUCACCGUUGGCACCGUGUACACCUUUCGGCUUCGUGUGCAUGAUGGCUUUCGAUGGUCUGUCUGGACGGAGCAUUGCCCGGCCGUGCAAGUGCCUUGGCUUCCAAAUUAG